AUGAGCUCCUUGACUAUCCCUAAACAACUUGCUGUAAUAGACUUCACGAACGAGGAUUUGAGACCAAACUCAAUUUGUUGGUCAAAUGCAUGCAAAGAAAUAAGAACAUCCCUUGAAAACCAUGGCUGUUUUAUAGCUUUAUACGACAAAAUCUCGCCCCAACUUCACCUAUCCAUAUUCCAAGCCGCAAACGACUUGUUCGCUCUCCCUACUAAAACUAAAAUCCAAAAUGUGAACGAGAAGCCCUACCAUGGCUACGUGGGUCAAAUACCCAUUGUACCCCUGCACGAAGGCUUGGGCAUCGACUAUGCAAACACGCUCGAGGGAGCUCAAAGUUUCACAAACCUCAUGUGGCCAGAGGGAAAUGAUUCUUUUCGCGAUUGCUCGAUGUCCUUUGCCAACAAAGUUGCGGAGCUAGAUAAAAUCGUGAUUAGAAUGCUAUUCGAGAGCUAUGGCGUGGAGAAGUACGUCGAUUCUCAUAUGGAUGCAACAACCUAUCUACUUCGAUUCUUGAAGUACCGAGCACCCAUUGAGGGAGAGAGCACGAUGGCUUUCCCGGUCCACACGGACAAGAGUUUCAUCACGAUUCUAUACCAGAAUCACGUCUUUGGCCUUGAGAUCCAGGCCAGAGACGGAGAGUGGAUUAGCGUUGAUUUCCUGCCAAACUCGUUUGUGAUCAUGGCUGGCGACACGUGCAAGGCAUGGAGUAAUGAGCGGGUGCUUUCUCCCAGCCACAAGGUCACCUUGGACAAGGAUGUAAAAGAAAGCAGAUACACAAUUGCACUUUUCUCUUUCCUUAACAACCUAAUACAAACUCCUCAUGAGCUUGUAGACGAUAAGCAUCCGUUGCGGUUUAAGCCUUUCGUACAUGUCGAUUUGUUGAAGUUUUACGAUACGGAUCGUGGUCGGCGAUCCCAGAAUAUACUCAAGGACUUUUGUGGUGUUUGA